GGACAGUGUCUUCUCGUUAUAUAGGUCACGAUACGAUAACAGAUUCAACAACAGAAGGCGUGGGCAAGAGUUGCAAAAUCAAAAUGGCUGAAGGCACGCACUCCUUCCCCUCCGACUUUGUGUGGGGCACGGCAACAGCGUCUUACCAGAUAGAGGGGGCAUGGGACCAGGACGGCAAGGGUCUGGAGUAUCUGGGACACGGCGCGUCUGGUGACGUGGCGUGCGACAGCUACAACAAGUACCCGGAGGAUAUCGCCCUCAUGAAGGACCUGGGGGUUUCCAGCUACAGGAUGUCUCUGGCUUGGCCCAGAAUCAUCCCCGACCCUAUCUCGGGGGAGGUGAAUGAGAAGGGCGUGGCCUUCUACAACCGUGUGAUUGACGCCCUCCUGGAAGCCGGCAUAGAACCGUCCGUCACCCUCUACCACUGGGACCUCCCCCUCGUCCUGGAGGAGAAGGGGGGCUGGGCCAGUGAGGACAUCAUCCCCUACUUCGUCAAGUAUGCUGACGUUUGCUUCGACAGAUUCGGGGACCGGGUCAAGUUCUGGAUCACCUUCAACGAACCCGACAUCUUCAUCGACCACGGUUACGUCCUCGACUGGCACGCGCCGGGCCGAGCUGACUUCAAGGACAUCGGCCCUUACCCAGUCUCCCACAACGUCGUGCGGGCCCAUGGCAAGGCAUACCGACUCUACGACGAGAAGUACAGACCUACACAGAAAGGCCGGAUCGGCAUCACUCUGAACUGUGACUGGUCGCAGCCCAAAGAUCCAUCUAACCCAGCUGACGUGGAGGCCCGACUCCGGUACUUCCAGAUCAAAAUAGGACUCUUCACCAACCCCAUCUUUGUCAACGGUGACUAUCCCGAAGAGCUGAAGGAGCGAAUCAACAGCCGGAGUGAGCCGGGCAAGUCCCGUCUCCCUACGUUCACUGAAGAGGAAAAGGCUUAUCUUAAAGGAAGCAGCGACUUCUUCGGGCUAAACUACUACACCACCCGACUUGUCGCCAGUAAGCCGAUGGAAGAGAAGCCAGGCUAUUUGGGAGACAAGAGCUACGAAGGACUGACAGACCCAUCAUGGCCACGAGCCGUGUCUAACUGGCUGUACUCCGUACCCUGGGGGCUGCGGAAACUGCUCGGAGCCAUCAAGAAUGACUUCGGGGAUCCCGACAUCUACAUCACCGAGAACGGUUUCACCACGCAGCCAGGGGUGCUCCAAGAUCCUGACAGGAUCAAGUACCUCCGGGAACAUCUCACAGAAGUAUCAAAAGCGAUCAACGAGGACAAGUGCCGAGUCCGGGGCUACUACCUGUGGUCGCUCAUUGACAACUUCGAGUGGCACCAGGGCUACAAGGAGAGAUUCGGCAUCUACAGCAUCGACUUCUCCGACCCCGCUAGACCCAGGACACCCAAAGACUCGGUAGCCUUUUAUAGAAAAGUUGUCCAGUCAGGAAAAGUAUAGGAAUGUCUCAGUGCUUUGACAUUUUACCCUUCAUUUAAAUUGAGGACGUUCUAUUCGUGAGCAACACGGAUCGUACUUAUGUCGGACUGUGGCCCCAUCAUUUGUACAAGUCAGGGGUCACGUGACCCACCAGUCCAGACAUAUGUCUGAUCAUCAAGUGGUUGUAGGAUAUCAGGGUAAUAAGCAAACACGAUCAAACAGAAUUUAUUCAAUACCUUUAAAUAUGUUACAGUAAUUUAGCAUGCAUCUCGCGUGGUUGAUAUUGAUACUGUCAUGGGUUUGUACAGAAACGUUUUGGUUUUGUCAUGUUACAUACACCAUGAUAAUAGUAAAAUGUUUGAAUAAACCUGAUUGUAAAGAGAU